CACCCUCUCGCUGCCUUGGAAUUGUUCGGCUUUCGGCACCUUCCAACAUAACACUUGAUGUCAUGGUCUCCUCUAGCGAAAGGCGAAGCUACCAAUCAGGCCAGACCGCUAUGGAGUCCCGGCUGUUCAGGGUGAGACGAGGCAACGCGAGGGCUACGGAGUACUCGAGACACGUAAUACUGUGCUCUUCCGAGUACUUAGUAUCGUUGUUAUUCCUGGAGAUCCCAACCUUUCGAAAGACAGGAGUAAUUAUGAUUGGGAUCAUGGAGAGGAGCGAGAAGAGAGGAAAGAGGCCGACGUAAUUAGUUAAUACGACAUGUACAUAUUCUGUCAAUCCACGCAAACUCAAAGGUCGUAUGGAUCCAUCAGUUUCGGUAGCCAGUUUGGCCAUUCAUUCUUCCAAUCCGAUGCAUGUGCGGCGAGAGUAUAUUCCUGGUAGCCCAGGUACCAUCCAGCCUCUUCCUAGUCAAUCAAAGUAACCUCAUAUUUCCAGCCUUUCCUGCUUGGAUCAUGAACUUCUUCUUGACAAUGAUAUUGUCGCAUUGUAGGUCUGCUUGUGUGAAUGCAGACUUGUCUCGUGAAUGCAGCUCUCUCUUUCCGCCUGCGAGCGGCGUAACUAAGAAUCGUUGCCUCAUUCAAGUCCUCUUCGAUCUCGACCGGUCCGUUGAUCGCUGGAUUUGGCUCCACGCUUGUCGAACAUCAUGGUCCGGGAAGGCUGACGUCCGAGAAAGCUGUAGUAUCUUGGAGAUGGCAAAGAACGUAGUUCUAUGAAGUAGCUAGUCCUUGGGCGUUGCCCUGAUAUCCUCCUUUUCGUCGGUGAUGAGGGUGUCCCAAUAUGUCUUCGGUGUUUGACCGUCGAUUCAUUCCACGACCAUAUAGUUCAUUUCAAUUCUGGAGUCAGCGUCCUAAAUUUCAGCUUCAUGUAUGGAACCCAGGUGUCGGUGACCAUCCUCAUAAAAAUGGUAAUUUGGCCCCUGGAAAAGGAAAA